AAGAUGAUAAAGAUUACGCUUUAAAACAGAUAGAAGGUACUGGAAUUUCCAUGUCUGCAUGCAGAGAAAUAGCAUUGCUGCGGGAGCUCAAGCAUCCAAAUGUCAUUUCUCUGCAAAAAGUGUUCCUUUCUCAUGCUGACAGGAAAGUGUGGCUUCUCUUUGACUACGCUGAGCAUGACCUCUGGCAUAUAAUCAAGUUUCACAGGGCUUCUAAAGCAAACAAGAAACCAGUUCAGUUACCUCGGGGAAUGGUGAAGUCGCUGUUAUAUCAGAUCCUAGAUGGUAUUCACUACCUGCAUGCUAACUGGGUGUUACACAGGGAUUUGAAACCUGCUAAUAUUUUAGUUAUGGGUGAAGGUCCUGAGCGAGGAAGAGUAAAAAUUGCUGACAUGGGCUUUGCCCGAUUAUUUAAUUCACCUCUGAAGCCUUUAGCAGACUUGGAUCCAGUAGUUGUAACCUUCUGGUAUCGAGCUCCAGAGUUGCUUCUUGGAGCAAGGCAUUAUACCAAAGCUAUUGAUAUUUGGGCCAUAGGGUGUAUAUUUGCAGAGCUGCUAACAUCAGAGCCAAUAUUCCAUUGUCGACAAGAAGAUAUCAAAACUAGUAAUCCUUAUCACCAUGACCAGCUGGACAGAAUAUUCAAUGUAAUGGGAUUUCCUGCAGAUAAAGAUUGGGAAGACAUAAAAAAGAUGCCAGAACAUUCAACCCUAAUGAAAGAUUUCCGGAGAAACACGUAUACCAACUGCAGCCUUAUCAAAUAUAUGGAAAAACAUAAAGUUAAACCAGAUAGUAAGGCAUUCCACUUGCUUCAGAAAUUGCUCACUAUGGAUCCAAUAAAGAGAAUUACCUCAGAACAGGCUAUGCAGGAUCCUUACUUCUUGGAAGAUCCUCUUCCUACAUCUGAUGUUUUUGCAGGUUGUCAAAUCCCUUACCCAAAACGAGAAUUUUUAACAGAAGAAGAACCAGAUGAUAAAGGAGACAAAAAGAACCAGCAGCAGCAGCAGGGCAAUAACCAUACUAAUGGAACUGGUCAUCCAGGGAAUCAAGACAACAGUCACACACAGGGACCCCCACUGAAAAAAGUGAGAGUUGUUCCUCCUACCACUACCUCAGGUGGACUUAUUAUGACCUCAGACUAUCAGCGUUCCAACCCCCAUGCUGCCUACCCCAACCCCGGACCAAGCACAUCGCAGCCACAGAGCAGCAUGGGAUACUCAGCUACCUCCCAGCAGCCGCCGCAGUACUCGCACCAGACCCACCGGUACUGAGCUGCACCCGGUGCCGUCGAUGCGCCGUCGCUGAUGCUGCAGGACCGGCCGCGCAGCUGCGUGCCAGGAGCCCGGCUUGGGCCAGAGAAUGUACUGUACAACCACACCUCCCACCUGUCCGACCGCCACGACCCACCCCCUGCCACGGGGCCGAGCGGGGGCUCCCACGUCGUACCUGGUUUGGGGGUUAGACUUGAAAGCGCUAGCACGGUUUGUGUUGUGGAUAAUGCUACUUCUGUAGUUUACUUGACAUGGUUCAGACUGACCGAUGCAUUUUUUUCAGUGACAGUCUGUAGCAGGUGAAGCUGUGAAAUGUGCUAGGGGCAAGCAUUUUUGUUGUCGUAUGUGGUGAAUUCUCUUGAUGUAACAACUUCAUCUGACCAAUAGUACGCGACAUCUUUGAACUGGUACUUGAAGCAUACAGUAUAUGUUACCAUGGCAAAAAAAGCAAACUAACCGUAACUCUCAGACAGUUUUGAUAGACGUUUAUUUUUAGUGACUUUUGUGGGUUGGUUCAUUUUCCACCUAGAUCAAUGUUUUAUGACCGACACGAUUGCUACGAUGAGAUUUUUUUAAGAACAUGAAAGCGUUUGCAUUUUUUCCCAGCAAUUACAAACGUCCCAAAGAUUUAUUUCCAACAUAAGUUUUUGUUUUUAAAUCUAUGACUUGACUGGUAUUAAAGCUGCUAUUUGAUAGUAAAAUAAGUAUGUUGUCAUUGAUAUAAACAUGUUUGGUUCAGCAAACAAACUAAAAUGAUUGUCAUAGACAGUGUUUUAUUUUUUUCCUGUUGGUGUUAAUGAUUUGUGAGCAUGCUUUGGGAUUAAAAAAGCAUGAAUGAUGUUUCCUAAAGAGGUGCGGCAUCCAUUCAGAUAUUUUGUCAUGAUUUUUGAGAACCAGCUUGGUGUAGUGGAUUUUAAAUUUUGUUCAGUUAAUUUUUAUUUUUUAAUGUUCGCACGUUGUUUAGGGGUGCCAUUCCUACUGCAGAGGAACAAGGUGUUAGGAGAGCCUUAGAAUUUAUGAGGAAAAACUUACAUACAAUGUACUGUAUCAAACUAUUUUACAUGAAUGACACAAGUAUUCUGAGUAAAAAAAAAAAAUCAAACAUUGUUAAAACAAGGUGUUAUGUAAUAAAUUUAUUUUUCAUAAAUCUGCA